GUUCGGUUGUCUCCAUCUGUCUGCUGUCCAGGCUGCUGUGUGGUCUACUGGUAGUGUCUCCCUUUCUACUGGUGUCUAUCAUUCUGAUGGUGAAAUGCUGCAGGGCUCAAGGUGACCACUUUAUUUCAGUGUGUAUCUACAAGAAGCUUAUCCAGCUUGAUAUUUUCCUUCUUUAUGUCAUGCUCUUGUAUUACUGUUAUUAAGUAAUGUUGACUCAAAUUGUUCAUUUCAAAUGUAAAUAGACAAAGUGCCCAGUGGCAGCUAUUUCUGUUAAAUGUCUUCUACGGAAAUGUUCUUCCCCCAGAAAAGGCAAACUAACAUUUUCAUUACUUCUGAAGGAUUACAUUUUAGUGCUGUGCAGUUGAACGAGCAGUUGAAUCAGUUUAACUCUAAUGCUACUCUCCGUCCGUUAUAUUCCUAUAGGCAUGUGUUCAACAACCAAAUCUCCUCAAGAUGAGUUACGAUCUGAUGAUAUCAUCGAACAGGCCGAAUCAUCCGUGUGAUCAUUACAGUAUGAACUGUAAGCUGAAUGACCAUUUUUAUGAUUUUAAAGUUUUUGCCAUUGCCUUGCCAUUGAUUUAUGAUAGUGUUUACUGAGUCAAAUAUCAUUGAAUGAAAUUUUACAAAUACUAAAUGCUAUGAUUUAGCAAGUUGACGUUUUCAGCUUUUGGGAUCUUGUAUGCUUUGUUAUUGUUGAUUGUUGUUAAUAUUUUUGAAAUAUUACACUUACCCCUCUUUGAUUUCAGUUUGUUGAUUGAAAAAGAGUGCAGUGCCUGUUUUGUUUAAAAGUAGAAUUUGUUGUAUUUUUUUAAUAUGUUGUAUUUUAGAUAAUGUCAUGCUUUUUACAUGCAGGUGCAUAUCUGUUUUAUGUGAAUAUUUUCUGGGACUAAAGGUGGGUUUAUACUUGGUUGGCCGACCUACUAUAACAACUUUAACAGUUAUGUUGGAACAUGUAUAGUUUGUUUUUAACUCAAUUACUGCUUAUUUUCAUUUACAUUUUCCAUACUUUCCACUUCUAUGUCUAUAUGUUUUUUAUAAAAUGUUAUUUCUUCAGUAGUCGUUAUAGGAGCCAGAUGAGUGUUCCACUAUUGAACUUGAAUAAAGAGGGUGUGCAUUGUCCUACAUUAGAUAGCAUGAUGAUUCCGCCUGACGAGAGUCGCAUAGGAGUGACGCCACCUGACGUUAGACAAUGGAGGUUGUGUUGCAUUUUGUGUUUUGUAUUAAUUCUCAUUUGUCAAAUAAAAAGUGAUGAUUCCCCACAUCAUUGUAUUGCUUUGAAAUAUAAUUUAAUUUAAGGACAUAUUCCUUUUACUCUCUGUAUUGCUGAGUUGAAACAAUGCAUUUACAUCUUGAACAUUCGUAUACAUUUCUUAUUAUGUAAAGCAACACUUUUUAACAAAAUCUCUAUACACCAUAUUGCUGUCAGUCUUCUUAAACCACAUUCAGAUUUGACUUCUACUGAUAUGAACCCAUACAGAAGUGGUCCAUGUCUGUACUAAUAUGAUGACAUAGAGAGAGGAAGGAAUAAGAGGGCAGACCGAGUAGACUGAGGGGUUAUGUUGUUGCUAUGUGACCAAUGACCAUAUUAGUUUCUAUAUUGUGGUCCACAAGGAUGUGGAGUAGUUACAGGCCUGUCCUGAAGGGGGCGAUAAGAAACCCCAGAUGUUUACAUUAGUAUACACACUAAAGGUGAAGUCUCUAACUGCUUUCACCUGUAACCUUUCUCUCCACAUGUUUGUUUCUUCACACAUGUUGUACAUGUCCCAUACUCUACACUCUACAACAUAUUUUUAGAGGUAAAUAGUUGACAAAAAUGGAUUCAUGUAUUCAACAUGUAAUGAUGUGAAGCAAAAUGAAACUAUUCACUUUAACCUGGAAAUCCAGUUACAGCUUUGAAACUCUUUCCAUCUCUGGUCUGUGGUAAUAAAUUCUGCUUAGCUCUGCCUCUGAUGAACACACACACACACACACAAACCACACAACACACAGACACAAAACACACACAGACAAAAAAAACACGAUACAGUACAUGAACAAUAACCCUCAGGCACUUCACAUAAACAGACAAAUUGAAAUACAACCAUAAACAACACAAUAACAAACAUAUCUAUGUAGACAGUAUCUAACUAAACGAAUUCCUCAUAAUUGAGGGGGUGGCAAAAGAUGUCCAUUUCCAUUGUGGAACAACUGAGGUUAGCUGGCUAGGCUUGCCACCUGACAGCUGAGCAAAGGUUUGAGGGGAGGCCUACACUAUCUAUCUAUCUAUCUAUCUAUCUAUCUAUCUAUCUAUCUAUCUAUCUAUCUAUCUAUCUAUCUAUCUAUCUAUCUAUCUAUCUAUCUAUCUAUCUAUCUAUCUAUCUAUCUGUGCAUGGUGCAGCAUAAAACAAACAUCUACACAUUCUGAUAUAAAACCACAAGCUCUGAUCUCAUCAAUUCAGGUCUCUAAGGAGCGAGUGUGAGACCAUGUAGCCAACCAUAAGGAGAAGUUGGUCAGAAUAUAAACACGCUAUCAACUGCUACUAUUUUUUCUCACAGUCUUUUGACAUUUCUCUUGAAUCUUUCUCUCUCUGUUUUUCUGUGUGACGGUGAAGAGGUGUGAUCUAAGCAGACUGUAGAGUGGUUUGUCAGAAGGACUGUAGUUGUAUAGAAAGUCACUUGUCUGUGGGGACAGAAUGGAGCACACCUUGCUCUGUUUGCUACUAUGUACAGCGCAUUCAGAAAGUAUUCAAACCCCUUUACUUUUUCACAUUUUGUUACGUUACAGCCUUAUUCUAAAAUUGAUUAUAUUGUUGUUUUUUCCUCAUCAAUACCCCAUAAUGACAAAGCAAAAACAGGUUUAGACACAUAAAAAACUGAAAUAUCACAUUUACAUAAGUAUUCAGACCCUUUACUCAGUACUUUGCUGAAUCACCUUUGGCAAGCGAUUACAGCCUUGAGUCUUCUUGGGUAAGACGCUACAAGCUUGGCACACCUGUAUUUGGGGAGUUUCUACCAUUUUUCUCUGCGGAUCUUCUCUAGCUCUGUCAGCUUGGAUGGGGAGCGUCGCUGCACAGCUAUUUUCAAGUCUCUCCAGAUAAGUUUGAUCGGGUUCAAGUCCGGGCUCUGGCUGGGCCACUCAAGGACAUUCAGAGACUUGUCCUGAAGCCACUCCUGCGUUGUCUUGGUUGUGUGCUUAGGGUCGUUGUCCUGUUGGAAGGUGAACCUUCGCAGGUUUUCAACAAGGAUCUCUCAGUACUUUUCUCCGAUCAUCUUUCACUCAAUCCAGACUAGUCUCCCAGUCCCUGCUGCUGAAAAAACAUCCCCACAGCAUGAUGCUGCCACCACCAUGCUUCACCGUAGGGAUGUGCCACUUUUCCUCCAGACAUGACACUUGGAAUUCAGGCCAAAAAAGUUUCAAUCUUGGUUUCAUCAGACCAGAGAAUCUUGUUUCUCCACGGUCUGAGAGUCUUUAGGUGCCUUUUGGCAAACUCUAAGCUGCUGGCUGUCAUUUGCCUUUUACUGAGGAGAGGCUUCCGUCUGGCCACUACCAUAAAGGCCCUGAUUGGUGGAGUGCUGUCAGAGUGACCAUUGGGUUCUUGGUCUCCUCCCUGACCAAGGCUUUUGUCCCCUGAUUGCUCAGUUUGGCCGGGCGGCAAGCGCUAGGAAGAGUCUUGGUGGCUCCAAACUUAUUCCAUUUAAGAAUGAUGGAGGCCAAAGUGUUUUUGGGGACCUUCAAUGCUGCAGAAAUGUUUUGGUACCCUUCCACAGAUCUGUGCCUCAACGCAAUCCGGUCUUGGAGCUCUACGGACAAUUCCUUCGACCCUCAUGGCUUUGUUUUGCUCUGACAUGCAGUGGUUCAACUCUGGGACCUUAUAUAGACAGGUGGUGUGCCUUUCCAAAAUCAUGUCCAAUCAAUUGAAUUUACCACAGGUGGACUCCAAUCAAGUUGUACAAACAUCUCAAGGAUAAUCAAUGGAAACAGGAUGCACCUGAGCUCAAUUUCGAGUCUCAUAACAAAGGGUCUGAAUACUUAUGUAAAUAAAGUAUUAAUGUUUAUGUUUAUUUUUAAUACAUUUGCAAAAAUAUCUAAACCUGUUUUCACUUUUUCAUUAUGGGGUAUUAUGUAUAGAUUGAUGAGGAUUAUUAUUUUUUCAUCAAUUUUAGAAUAAAUAAACUGAGUUAGUGUGUUUGUUUAUGAACACUAAUUACCUGAUUUACUAAGCCUUUAAGAGAAAAAGGAAUAAGACAUUGUUUUCUGUCCCUUGUUGAGAAAACAGUGUAAAAGGAAGUUGCCGCAAGUAUGGUUUAGAUAUGAAGUAAGAAUGUGACCACCCUACAUUGAUGUUGUAUCUCUGUGAGAACCUGAGCUUGUUUAGGCGAUGCAAUGCAGACAUGGUUAGUGUGGUGGUGUGUAUUUAACCAGGUCAUCACUCAGUAACUAAAAAGUGACGCUAACUCAGUGCUUGCAAAAUGUGCUGUCAAUGACAAUGAAUACAAAAUGAAAUAUUUGUUGUAUGUGUUGUAGUAUCAAGUUCUGAUUAUUGUAAAUGGUUGAGGGUUCCUUUGCUACAGUUAUAGUAAACUAUGUUAAGAGAUGAAUGAGUGGUGUUUUGGUGUUUUUGGUCUCUGUACUCUCUCUGUGUGCCCAACAUGUGAAGUCAGUGGCCAUUUAAAGCUGCAGUCCGUAAUUCAAACUACCACAAAAAGCUCACAAUGCCACUUGUUGUAGUAUACGGCUGAGGGAUGGGUCUAAGGAAAUUCAUUCAUCUACAUUGUUUACAAUAAUUGUCAUAGAAUAACUGUAUAUUUUGGGUUAUGAUGGAAUAAGUGUAAUUUCUGUAAUUCAUUUAGUAGUGUAGAAAUCUAUGUAGAAAAUGCAGAUUUCACCUUUAACAUAAAGUACAGGAUGGAUUUGGUCAUCAGUAACAUGAAUAUGGCAUGUUGUUAUUUAUUUCAAGCUAAUAUUGGAGCAAUGUGACUUUUUUUGUUGUAGUGCUGAGUACACACAUCUACUCUGGACACUCUGAAGAUGAUGAUGGUAGAUAUCUGUACACUUGAUCAAGUCUUCAUCUCUUAAUGCUUCAUCAUAUUUCUUUGUUUGUGAUUUUUAAAGCUGCUUUUGGAUAGACAUAUUUUGUGUUUUGAGUGUCUCAAAAUAACAUGUGUAAAGCAAUUGUAUCAUGCCAGUUUUUAUUUUGUGCAGGACAGGCAAAGGCUGUUCUGACCAUACACCCCAAAUCUUCCCAGAUUUUCAGUAGAGAGUCUGUCACUCUCAGAUGUAACAUACAGAGAGGAGAAGUCCCUGACUGGGAAUACACAUGGCGCAAGGAUGUCAUAGACUCCCUCAGUAGGAAGCAUGAAUAUGAGAUCAGUGAGGUUAAGAUUUCAGACGGUGGUGACUACUAGUGUCUGGGUACACAUAUUGAUCAGAAGAAGCAUUCUAAGUGGAGUGAUGCAGUCAGACUGACGGUGACAGGUAAGUCAUCUUUAUCUCUCGUUCAGAACAGUGGCCUCCAUUGCCCAUAAACACUUGACAUUGGGCCCCAUUUUAAGGAGGCUAUUUAGUCGUUUUAAAAAGGUCUACCAUUGUUUGUUCAGAUUCCUCCAUUAAUUCAUUCUCAUUUCAUGUAAUAAUUGAAGAAAUAUGGUGUACGGUACUAAGAUAGUACUUUUUGUCACGACUUCCGGCGAUGUUGGUGCCUCUCCUUGUGCAGGAGGCUAUCAGCGGUCGUCGUCACCGGCAUUCUAGCUGCCACUGUUCCUUUUUCUAUGUUUUUGUCUUGAUUGUACACACCUGGUUCCCAUCACGUUGUGGUUAUUUCCCUACUUAACCCUCUGGUUCCCUCAUGGUUUUGUGCGUGAUUGUUCUUUGUUUGGUGUUGUAUAAUGCUGUGAGCUGUUUUAUUUUCCUGCAUGGAAAUUAGAUUUGUUGUUUUCCUAGUAAAGUUAAUUAUUUACUCAGUUCUGUGUCCUUCGCUUGACUCCGUCCUACCGCUGCACACUGACACCUGACAGAAUCACGCACCACCUAUGGAGUCAGCAGGUGCAGUCCUCCGGUACCGGUGGAGGAGCGCGUCCAGCAGCACGCGACUAUGCUCCACAAUCUGCGCACAGCAAUGGAUCGCGUGCUGCACACCAUGGAGCGAUGGGAGAGAGAGGGUUUUUCCACACCCCCAUCAACUUCACCUCAACCCCCACCGCAGUCCACCCCUCCGUCACCUGGAACCAGUGGGAUUCGGCUCUCGCUCCCGAAGGCCUAUGAUGGGACGGCUGCCGGGUGCCAGGGGUUCCUGCUCCAGGUGGAGCUCUACCUGGUGACCAUCCACCCGGCUCCCUCGGGAUAUGAGAGCGUGUCCGCCCUCAUCUCCUGUUUGUCGGGGAAAGCGCUGGAAUGGGCCAAUGCCAAAUGGGGAGAGAUAGACGCUACGUUGGUCCGUUACGAGGAUUUCACCCGACGCUUCCGGGCGGUUUUCGAUCAUCCGCCUGAGGGGAGAGCGGCGGGGGAACGCUUGGUCCAUCUCAGACAGGGGAAGAGGAGCGCACAGGACUUCGCACUGGACUUCAGGACCUUGGCUGCCAGCGCGGGAUGGAAUGAGAGGGCCCUGAUCGACCAUUACCGGUGUAAUCUACGGGAGGACAUCCGUCGGGAGCUGGCCUGCAGGGACACCAUCCUUAACCUCGACCAGCUGGUGGAUUAAUCCAUCUGGCUGGAUAACCUGUUGACCACCCGCGAACGCUCAGAUUGGGUUCCGUCCGUUACAUCCCCCAGCACUUCCGAAUACCUAUGGAGCUUGGAAGUGCUGCUCUUAGGGUGACCGGAGGGGGGGGCCUUUCCUUCACCACCUGUGGCCACAGAGGGCACACUGCUGGUCGGUGCUGGGGAGGUUCCGCAGGGAGUCGAGGCAGCAGGCAGGGCACUGGUGGAUCAUCCCAGGUGAGUAGGCACCCGACUCACCCAGAGCUCCCUGUUGCGCCAUAUGUAUGUCUGUGUAAAGUUUCCUGAGUUUUCCCCGCAUUCCAAGCAUAAGGCGCUAGUAGAUUCAGGCGCAGCUGGAACUUUAUUGACCGUGCAUUUGCACUUAGAUUAGGAUUCCCUAUUGUUCCUGUUGAUGUGCCCUUCCCUGUACAUGCCUUAGAUAGUCGUCCUUUAGGAUCGACGCAGAAAUUUCCCCCGAGCCCACGUGUAUCCUCUGUCACAGGAGGAACGGCGGCAGGGAAAACAAUGCCCUCCAAAUCUCUGGGACGGGGUACAUUGGCCCUUUCCACUUAAACCUCCCCUCCUAAAGUUUUUUUUUGUGAAAAAAAGGUGGAGGUUUUAACGCCCCGUGCUUGACUAUGGGGGUUUUUUCAAUCAAAAACGGUGAAGCCAGUUAACCCUUUGCCUCUCAAGCCAUGUAAAGGAGCUUUCCCCGGGGGGCGCACUUCUUCAAAAAAUUUGGAUCUCGGAGCGCGACAAACCGGGGGUUGCGUACCCGGGGAAAGGGGGAUGAGUGGAAGACUGCUUUUUUUGUACCACCGGGCCUAGAGUCCCCCCGUCAUUUUGCCGUGGGGGUUGCGAAUGCUCCACAGCCCUUUCCAACCUUUGAGACAGAUCUUUCGGGGACCUGCACGGGCAGGGUGUAGUGGUGUAAAAAAAUAGAGGACUUUUCCCCAUAUGCUCCGCAACACUUUCCGAGCUUUUGUCCCGGGUGCGAAAAGGUGUUUUGGUGACUUGGAGAAAUGACCUGAACUCUUUGCUAAAAAUGUCUUUCCCUUCCAACGGGCCCCGUCUUCUUCCUAGGGUACCGCCUGCCCGCUUCAUGGGGGAGGGGAAAAUGACUGCAUUUCCCCCCCGUGCAAAUUGGCCGCCCAAACCCACAGAAAAGGAAUUGAAGGGGUUUUCCCUUUGGGUUUUCCCAAAUACAAACGGGGGUUUUUUUCCCAGGUUUUUGGUCGGGUACGGCUCCCUUAAACCCCUUUGCUAAAGGGGGGCCCGGGUGCGACUGCAGGGGCCUGGGGCGGACGGGGGCUUUUGGUCACCUGAAGGUUUGUUUACCUCGGCUCCCGUAUGACUCACCGGGGACCCCCCUUUUCCAUUCAUAGUAAAAAGGUUGGACCUGUCCGGGGCCCGGGGAAUGAGCUGUCUGUCUCCCCUCGGGUCGCCCCCAAAGCUCCCCCCCUUGUGCUUUUUUUUUUCGAAAAGCUCCCCCGGGCCCGGGACCCGAAACAGGGUGGGGGAGGGGGAAACCCUUUUAAAGCUGUGGUCAAGGCUCUGAGGGGGGGAAGACUUUGGCUUGGGGGGGCAAACACCCUUUCCUUUUUUGGACUGACCACCACAAUCGGGAGUAAUCCGGCGGCGGGGAGAUUGAACCCCGUCAGGCAAGGUGGGGCCCCUGUUUUUCCCCAAACCCUUUUUUUUUUUUUUUUUCAAACCCUUUUCCUACAAAAACCAAAGGGUUCCCCCGAACGCUAAGGCAGAUGCCCCUUUCCCGGAUGUAUGCCCAGAAAGGGGCGUUUCCCCGAUUCCACCCCCAUACUUUUCCGGGUUCUUUUUCCCGGUGGCAAACCCGGGUAGGGAGGUUGAAAGCGGACAUCACCGCUUUAUGUACGGGGCCCACCCCCCCCCACCCCCCUUUUCCAGUUGGGGGGGUAUGUCUUCCGUCCCGAAAGCCGCGAAACGAUUGAUCUGUUUUGGGUCACAAAGUCACCCUCCCGGGGCAUCCUGGCAACGGCGGGGAGUGCGCUGUCCCUUUGUGGAAAUACUGGUGGGCCCCCUUUUGCUAAACUUUAGGGUUUAAAAGUUUUCCCCUUCUCGGUUUUGCGUCUUUAAGGCACCUGACCCGCCCAGCGGGGAAAUUUUCAAACCCUAAACCCCUUUCACAAAAGCCGCAGUAACACCUAUCGGUGGGUUUUGUGAUUUGGUCUUCCCCAUCACAAAAGGGAACAAACCCCGAUCCUGGUCGUUUUGGUCGGUUUUUCUUUAAAAAACCCCGCCCCUCUCCUUCCCCUUUCCCUACAGACUGCGGAGGGUCUGUUUACACACUUCCCUUUCCCGGGAAAUACGGGUUUCAGAAGGGGUAUAGUGGGCUGAUCGAGUCCCCAGUUCUCUCGAGGGGCUGGAGGGGGGUUUUAGGAACCUUGGGUUCCCCGCUCAAACCGACCCAGGGUUUUUACCCCCCAAAAGGGAAUGGGGAGGGGGAGAGAGGAAAAAACCCGGAUGUGGGUAGGUUUUCUUUGGGGGUUUCCCAUUGCCCGGCGGGGGCCGGGGGGGUGGGGGGCUUUCAUCCCCCCGGGUAGAGGGUGGGGCCCCCCAAAUCCCCUGCCACCCCCCUCCACUAAACCCGUCUCCGUUUUUAGUGUGUACUAGGUUUUUAAAAAACCCCAGGGGGGGGGCAAACCCUGGGAUCAGACCAAUCGAGGCAAACCCCGGUUUGGGGGAAAGGGUUUUCGGCGCUGGGGAACCUGGGACGCUGCCCACGUUCCCUGCAAUGGACCUCAAACACAGAACCAGCACCGACCGCCACCCGCAUGGGCCCCGGUGUAUUCCCGGGGGAACCCUUUUUGGCUCUUCCCACCCCAAAAACCCUGCCCCUUUUGCCUACCUGCCGGGAAACUGGUCCGCUUUGUGGGGCCUUUAAAAUCCUUAGGAAAAAACCCGAACGAGGUAUGUUAAAAGGUUAAAAAAGCUCCCCCCCGAUUACCAAAUUAAACCCCCUCAGGGGGUUUGGGGGGGCUGGUCCCUUUUCCCGCAGUCUGAGGUUUUGGGGGGUUGCUCCCCCCCCGGGUGGACCUCGAGGGGGCCCCGGGGUUACUGUGGCCCACCAUCAAAGGCUUUAAGAAAGUCCCGGGGGAGUGGCCUCAGUACCCCCGUGGGGGUGGGAGGGGUACGGUUUCCCGGGGGAGAAUCUGGGGUCCGAAAGGAGGACAUCCUGGACCCCCUUUCCUUACUUCAGGAAUUUCACAGUCCACCCGGGUCUCCGUGGGCCCCUUUCCCCCGGGUUUGCCCCGGGGGCCGGGUUUCGGCCACUGCUGGGGCCGCACGUCAAAGGGGGUUUCUGUCACGACUUUCCCCCGAAGUUUGGGGCCUCUCCUUUUGCAGGGGCUAUCAGGGUUGUCUCACCCGGGUUUUUAGCUGGCCCGAUCUAAAGUUUCCUUCCCAAAGUUUUGGCCGGAAGUACAAAGGCCCGGGCCCCUCACGUCAAAAAAAAAUUUCCCCCCCUAAUUUUCCCCCCGUUCCCCUUUUUUGUCGGGAAAAAAUUUUUUAAACCCGCCCAAAAAAAUUGGAAAUUUUUUGGGUUUCCGGGGAAAAAAAACCUUUUUUUAAUAAAUUCUUUCGAAUAAAAAACCCCCUUUUUCAAACCCAAAAAACACACCUUACUCAAUGGGAAAAAGGUACCUAAUUUUUUUUACUUCUUUCCCCCAAUUAUUAAUUUUAAAAGUUUCCAAGCAAACAAUUUUAAAAAAACCCCUCCUUUUUUUUCCCAAAUGUUUCCUAACACCACGACAACAAAAAAAAAAAAGGGGAAAAAACGGAAAAGGGUGUAAAAAGGGAAAAGGCCCCCCCUUCUGGGGCCUUUAACCCUUUCUUUCCCAAAAAAUUUUUUAAAAAACAACAACUAAAAACCCUUUUUUUCCCGUUUUUUACCCCAACUACCAAAAGGGGAAACCCCCCCUUUUACAUGGGGUAGAAGGCCCGCCUUAAUUCUGACAAAGGGGUUCCCCCCAAAAUGUGUUGGUCCCGGGGGAAUUUCCCCAAAAAUCCAGACCAUUCAUUUUAAAAACAUCCCGUGAAACCUUCCUGUCCUUUGUAUUGGGUUGGUAAUUUUGUGUGUGUGGGGGACGUGUUUUAAAAUAUAAUUUUUGGGAAACCCAAAAUCCCAACCCAAAAAUAAACCCCAAAAAAAAUGGGAAACAACUGAGGGAAAUUUUUUUGGCCACAAUGGGCAAAAAUCUAUUUUUAAGGGGGGUUUUGAGUUUAAGGUUUUAAAAUUUUUUAGGGUUAGAAAAGGGUUAGGUUAGGUUUUUUUUUUUUUUUUAGGGUAAUUGGGCGGGGGAGGGGUUUUGGUUUUGUUUAUCCUUCCACCUUUGUCUACCCCUCUGAAACCCUUCUUUUUUACGACUAUUUCAUCUCCCCCUCUCUCUCUCUCUCUCUCUCUCUCUCUCUCUCUCUCUCUCUCUCUCUCUCUCUCUCUCUCUCUCUCUCUCUCUCUCAGAGCCUAUAUCCAAGUUGGUGAUCCAGACACACAUCAAGCUAUUGGCCAAACACUCCUGUUCAGUGUGGCUGGUGUGCAACGCAUUCAGUUACUCCAACCUCACCUACACCUGGAAGAGAGACAAUGAGAUGUACAUGGACGUCCAGCAUAUUCACUUCUCUCUCUCACCAGCAGAGGGAGACAUCAGUGUAACGUGCAACGCCUCCAACAUAAUCAGUUGGAAAACUGCCUCAGCGACAGUAAAGUGUAGUAAUGACACAACCGACCUAGGUACCUAGAUAUCAUAAUAAUCCCUUCCAUACACUUUUCAGUUUGCUUAUACGAUUAUGUUGUCAAAUAUAAUAUAUAAUGCUUGUGAUUACAUUGGAAGUGUAUGAUAUAGAGCCAUUUAAUCUUUAUCAUAUGGUACAGUCUAAUCAUGUGUGUUGUACAAUAUGUGACAGGGAUGGCAUGGUAUACCAACUACAUCAGAGCAUCAGUAGGAGGCGCUGUGGUGCUGAUCCUCACUGUAGUUGUGGCAGUGUGCUACUGCAGGGGCCGCCGUGACACA